AUGGCUCAUCGGUUAACGCUUUUUCAUGGAUGCCAUAUUGCCUUUCACGGAUUUUCUAAUACCGAGCGACAGCAAAUGGAAGAGAAUGCUAAGACACAAGGAGGUAGACCUACAACUAUAACUGAUGUAAAUUGCACUCACAUUGUUGUUGAAAAUCCAAAUACCGAGAUUUCCGAAAAUAUUAGUAUUAAAGCGAAGAUUGUUAAGCAGGAGUGGUUUUGGGAAAGCAUUCAGUUAAAUGCAUGCGCCGAUGAAUUACUAUAUUUGAUAAGAAGGUCUGAUACCACUCCUUUAGGAAACAAUAGUAUGAAUACACCUGGAUCUGGAUUAAGAUCUAGAAAACGUCGACGUGGCAAAAUUGAUUUGUCGGAGCUAUUAACUCGUGGAGAUUCGCAUAAUAGUUUACUAGGCAAUGUUUUGGAUUUGUCAGUUAGUAUGCUUGAAGCCUCAGGAAUAAACUCUGGCCAAGCUACACCAUCUGGCGUACUAUCUCCUCGUCCUCCUCUACUACAUCAUAGCGCAAGUGUGUCUUGCUGUAAUACGCCGUUAGGAAUUAGGGAUAAGCGACAUACUGCUCGUAAACAAGUUGUUAUGGAACUUCUACAAACAGAAACUAAUUACGUUGGUAUUUUGAAUACAAUUAUAAACUUGUUCAAAUUACCAUUGGAGCAGGAUCAAAGAGGAGGUCCUAUGCUUACACCAGGAGAGAUUAAAACUAUUUUCUCUAGUAUACCAGAAAUUCUCGAUGUUCAUAAAAUAAUCUUGGUAAAAAUAUUAGAGAUUGAUAAUCUAGUCUUUUCAUCUAAGGCUGAGGCUUUACUUAAAGCUUACCCUCCGUUUGUUAAUUUCUUUGAAUUAACCAAAGAAACACUCGAGCAGUGUGAUAAAAAGUACCCUAGGUUUCAUGCAUUCUUGAAGUUAUGUCAGAAUAAGCCGGAAUGUGGACGACAAUCCUUAGUUGAGCUUUUAAUAAGGCCCGUGCAACGAUUACCGAGCACUAUCUUGCUAUUACAAGAUAUAAUGAAACAUACAUCUGCGACCAAUCCUGACUGUACCAAGUUGGAAGAAGCAAUAAGUUCUCUCAGGAAUGUUAUGACACAUAUUAAUGAAGAUAAAAGAAAAACUGAAGGACGAAUGCAAAUGUUUGAAAUUGUUAGGGACAUAGAAGGAUGUCCUCCUUAUUUACUAUCCUCCCAUCGCUAUCUGGUCAUGCGUUUCGAUAUGGUAGCAUUAGCAGACGUUUUUUGUAGUAAAGGAGACGCGAUGACGAUAUUCUUGUUUUCUGAUAGUAUUGAGAUCAGUAAGAGACGUGUCAGUGCUAAAGUUACCAGAACACCCAGUUCAGCAUCAAAUUAUGCCCUUCCUAUUGGAAAGAGUCCUCUCAAGGCUUCAUUUGGUAAUAAGUUGAUGUAUAAGCAUGUCGAUUUCAUGCCGUUAUCCUAUGUGAAAAGAGUUGUAGACGUAACGGAUACUGAAGAAUGUAGCGGUAUGUUUGCAUUUAUAUUCCGAUCACCAACCGAUGUGAAGGAAAAACUAGCUAUCUUCCGUUUAAUAAACAACGAAGAUAUGACGAAAGACGAAAUUUUACGGAAAUUUACUAGAUGUCUCGCGGAUAAUGCUGCUCUGCUGACUCGUGCUAUAGCUAGUCCAUUCAUCACGCCCGUAUCCGGUACUGUAAAUUCAUCGGAAUGCCUUGAUAGAUUUUUUCGUGAAUUACUUUCGGACAGGUCGUCCGAUUUAUGGACAGUUGGGUGGGGAACAUGGCUAAUGGUUGCAAUCUCACUCGAACAUUUUAAUCUUAUUUUUUCGGUCGUCCAACUUAUGGAGAGUUAG